AUCCAUUUGGGGCGGGGUUUUGUGAUUGACUGGAGCCGCUCGGUUCGGGUGGGUGAGAGUCGGUGGCGGCUGGCGAAUUGAAUGAGAUCGAGGAACGGGGAAUUGGUGCUGAAUCUGGAGCCUGCAGGAGGGUGUUGCUGUGAAGAUGUCGCAUCUAACUGGUGACUGCAUUCACUUAGAAUCAGUGGGCGAAGUAACAAAAGACGAACUAAUCGAGAAAUCUCAUGGUACUUGUCAAGACUGUAAAGUUGGAGGGCCUAACCUAUGGGCGUGUCUGGAGAAUGGCUGUUCCUAUGUUGGUUGUGGAGAAUCCCACUCUGAUCACAGUACCAUUCAUUCGCAGGAAACUAACCACAAUCUCACUGUUAAUCUUACCACCUUGAGAGUAUGGUGUUAUGCAUGUGGAAAGGAGGUGUUUCUGGAGCGGAAACUUGGACCUCCACCAAUAGUGCAACGUGGGAGAAUACCACAGGUGCAUGAACACCAGGACCCAUCUCCCUGUAAUCAGAUGCUGAAAGCUCCUUAUACGCUAGUGGGACAUGACCUAGAUGCAGAAUAUGACAACAUGAAGACAAGAGGUCUCACUGGAUUGAAAAACAUAGGAAAUACUUGUUAUAUGAAUGCAGCUCUUCAAGCUCUUUCUAACUGCCCACCGUUGACUUUAUUUUUCCUUGAAUGUGGCGGCAUGGUGCAAACAGUUAAAAAGCCAGCUCUAUCAAAAAGUUACCAGAAGUUGAUGGCAGAAGUAUGGCACAAGAAUCGCCCCAGCUACGUUGUGCCUACCAGCCUGUUCCAGGGAAUUAAAACAGUGAAUCCAAUGUUUCGGGGAUAUUCUCAGCAGGAUGCCCAAGAAUUUCUGCGUUGCUUGAUGGAUCAACUUCACGAAGAAUUGAAGGAACAAGUUGUGGAGCAGAUUGAAGACCCUUUAUCUGCAGCCAUGGAAGAGCAGAUGGAAGAAGAAAACCUGUCUGAUAAUGAAUUUCAGUCUUGUGAUUCAUGCUCUGGUAGUGACAAGGCUGAUCCUGAGACAAACUCCAAGAUCUCAGCAGAAGACUGCAUGGAGGCUGAGAUGCUUGUGCGUGAAGAAAUAAAGAAUUGUGCAUCAGCUAAAGGAUGGCAACGGGAGCAAAAUCUGCUGCAUAAGCUUUAUAGGCCCACCUCCAGAGAUGAUUUGGAUAAAGGCAUGGAUACUUCAACAGGUGCUGAUCAAAUAAUAGAGAGUGAUGGGACAGUCAAAGUGCAGAUACAAAGCAGAUUGCCAGAAAUUGCCUCUGACGUGUCUAUGCGCAGUCCCUCAAGACCAAGCAGUUCAGUGUCCAAUGAAACAACAAAUGCGAGGCUGUCCAGCAGUCCGCCCCGAUCCACUUCAGUGUGGGGUGGUCUUAUUUCCUCACAUAAAAAAGUUACCUCUUUUGCACCUCUUAAAAAGAGAAAGCAGAUGAAAUACAGGAGUGUUAUCUCUGAUGUCUUUGAUGGCACAAUUGUGAGCUCGGUGCAAUGUUUGACCUGUGAUCGGGUAUCCACCACCUUGGAGACUUUUCAGGAUCUCUCUCUGCCUAUCCCAGGAAAAGAAGAUCUGGCCAAGUUGCAUUCCUCAAGUCACCAAAUGUCCUUAGUGAAAGCAGGGUCAUGCGGUGAAGCGUACACUCCACAAGGUUGGAUAGCCUAUGUCAUGGAAUACAUUAAGAGUUGGUUCUGGGGUCCUGUGGUAUCCUUGCAGGAUUGUUUGGCUGCCUUCUUUGCCAGAGAUGAACUCAAAGGUGAUAACAUGUACAGCUGUGAAAAAUGUAAAAAAUUGCGAAAUGGAGUUAAAUUCUGUAAAGUGCAGCAGUUACCAGAGAUUUUGUGCAUUCACUUGAAGAGAUUCCGACAUGAGCUCAUGUUUUCCACCAAAAUCAACAGCCAUGUGUCAUUCCCUUUAGAAGGUCUUGAUCUUCAACCUUUCCUCGCUAAAGACAGCUCUCCUCAAAUUACAACUUAUAAUCUCUUAUCGGUUAUCUGCCAUCAUGGUACUGCCAGUUGUGGCCAUUACACAGCUUACUGCCUGAAUGAUCUGAAUAAUCGAUGGUUUGAAUUUGAUGACCAGAGUGUGAUGGAAGUGUCUGAAUCAACUGUGCAGAAUGCAGAAGCUUAUGUGCUCUUCUACAGAAAAAGCAGUGAGGAGAUGCAGAAGGAAAGGCAGAGAUUUGCUCAUCUACUGAAUAUGAUGGAACCUAGUCUGCUUCAGUUCUACAUAUCCCGUCAGUGGCUGAAUAAAUUCAAGACUUUUGCUGAGCCAGGUCCUAUUAGCAACAAUGAAUUCCUUUGUGCUCAUGGAGGUGUCCCACCUCAGAAGGCCAGUUACAUUGAUGAGCUUGUUGUGAUGUUGCCUCAGAAUGUGUGGGACUAUCUGUACAGCAGGUAUGGAGGGGGGCCAGCUGUCAAUCAUCUCUACACCUGCCAAACCUGCCAGAUCGAGAUUGAAAAAGUAGAAAAGAGAAGGAAGGUGGAACUGGAAAUGUUUAUACGACUAAACAAAGCUUUCCAAGAAGAAGAAUCACCUUCUGCUAUUUACUGUAUUAGCAUGCAAUGGUUCAGAGAAUGGGAAGGAUUUGUCAAGGCCAAGGAACAUGAACCUCCUGGUCCAAUUGACAAUGCCAAGAUAGCAGUCAGCAAAAGCAACCAUGUGUCUUUAAAACAAGGAGCUGAUUCUGGCCAGAUCUCCGAAGAGACCUGGAAUUACUUCUGCUCGAUUUAUGGAGGGGGCCCAGAAAUCACUCUGCGGCAGACUGUGAGCCAUCCUGAUCCAUCUUGUGUAGAAGAGAAAAUAGAUGUUGAAAUACGUCCGGUGCAAUAAUGUCAAAGGAAAAAUUUAAAGUACUGCAACUGUGAUGAAUUAUGCUGGAUUCUAAGCAUUCCAGGGUGUGAUAUAUUUUUUGAAAAACAAUUUCUGCAGUGGCAUUAAUGAUUUGUGUUUUAGGGACAAUCACAAAGUUAAACCCCUGUUAUAUAAAAUAGCUUGACAUAGGUUUUUGAUUUGUCUGAUAAACUGUCCUAAAAGGUUGGAGGUGUUUUCUCGUGGUAUGUGACUAGCUUUGAUCUGUGAAAGGCCCACACACUAAGAGUGUACUAGUGUGAAAUGGGUUGCUGAUAUUAAGUUGACUCAGGAAAGCACUGAUUUUUUUUUUGUUUGCACUGUACUGUACUGUAGAUGAAAAUUUAACAAUUUCACAACUGUUGACCAUGCUACUGUAAGCUGUUAAAGGAAUAUUCUCAGGAGAGCUUGCAAAAAUUGAGGCUAAAUGCAAUGUGGAGGACAGGCUAACUAACAGUAUUGUUCAUCUACAUUAGAAGCAAUAGAGAAAGCCAUUGCGUUGGUGCCAGUGCUAACUGUUUGACACCAGUUACUUUCUAAUCCUCUUCCUAUUUUGUUACAAUUUAAAAAUAUUUAUUUUUUCCUAUUUUCAAUAUUGCUACUUCAGUAGACACUUGUAUUAAACACUCUGUCUUUUGUGGAGAAAACUUCUUCCAUCUGAACUCUGUGUUCGUUUUACAGAUUUGAAAACCAAAUUUGAUCACCUUUCAUUGUUUACUAUGCUUUCACAAUACUGAAAAGCUUCCGUCUAAAUGAAAGCAGGGCAAUAUGCUGAACACAUGUCGAUUCUCCUCAGUUGGGGUACUCGCACCUCUGAGUCAUUAGGUUGUGAGUUCAAACCCCAGUCUGCAGACCCGAACACACGAUCAGGGCUGCGAUGACUGAAUUGCUACGUUGUUGGUGGUGCAAUCAGCCUCCUUUGUCACUUCAUGAGGAAGGGGUUUGUACGUUAACCCAGUGUCUGCUGGCUAUCUAGCAUACAACUGAGGUUGUCAACUUAUGUAUUGUCUACUGAAUAGAAUGGUUACAGCACAGGAGCCCAACUGCCCAGCUGAACCCCUUUUCGCAUGCUGUCAGAAAUUUAGCCAGUUCCACUUCCCCAUUCUGUCUUGUCAACCUGUGAUUCUGUGUCUCCUUUCAGGUGCUCAUCCAGUUCCCUGUUAAAUUAAUUAAAACAGCCACCUUCACCUCACUUUGUACAUUUCAUAACAUUUACAGCAUCAAAAGUAUUUUUCCUCCCCUGACAUGUUGCCUUUCUUUCAUCUGUAAUUCACCUUAAAACAGUGUCCUUACUUCUUGACCCUUCUACCAAUGGGAACAAGUGAGGUGAUAGGAACUGUCAUUAACAUCAAGAUAUCAUUUGAUCUGAGUGUGCUGUCAAAGGACAUCAUGGUAGAGGUCAUUCCCAGCACAAACAAAGAUGGUUGUGAGUGAUGAACCAGAGUCCUCUCAGACCCAGAUCAUGAAUAUGAGGUUUCUCAGGGUAGGUGUCCUAGGCCCAGCCAUCUUCAGUUAUUUCAUCAAUUUCCGUUCCUCAGUCAUAAGUUCAGAAGAGGGCCUGUUCAGUAUGUUUUGUAACAACUGUCAUUCGAAGUGCUACAGGCCAUAUGCUGGAAAAUGAGUAGACAUGCUUAGUGACCAGUGCAAGUAUACUGGGCCUCUUACUGUGCACCAAGACUCUGUGAUUAUGACAUCCAGUGCUGAAAGCAGUUUGUGCCUGCACGCCACAAGACCAAGACAACAUUCAGGUUUGGGCUAAGUGACAAGUAACAUUGGUGCAACAUGUUGAAUGAUCAUCUCCAACAUGAGAGAAUCUAACAGUUAUCUCUUGACAUUCAAUGGCAUUACCACUGCUGAAUCCCUUUAUUCAGUACCUUGCUCAGAACCUGAAUUAGACCAGCCAUGUAAAUACUGUAGGUCAGCAGUUGGGAAUUCUAUGGUAAGCAACUCAUUCCAUCUGAAAGGUACAAAUCAGGACAGGAAGGAAAUACUCUCCAACAAAAACAGAAAUUGCUGGAAAGCUCAGCAGAUGUGGCAGCAUCUGUGGAGAGACUGGGUCCUGUUACCCAUCUUCAGAACUGAAAUACUCUCCAGUUGUCUGGAUAAAUGCAGUUCCAACAACAUUUAGACCAGUUGCCAUUUGGCAUAAGAUGUCAUUCAGGAGGAAGCCACCCAGUAGAUGCACUGAAACAAAUGCUAAUGGUACACCAUGAUCAGCAGUAUUAUCUUCAAGAUUCAGCACCUUCCAAACCUGUGAUCUCUGCCACCUCAAAGAAUAAAGGCAGCAGAUGCAUAGCAAUGCUACCACCUGAAAUGACCUCUCCCAAGCAGCACCACAUCUUGACUUGGAACUGUAUUACUGUUCCUUGUUUUUCUACCCUGUGCACUGAUUUUAAAGGCCGGGUCAGUGUAAGCCUUUUUAAUCAAUUUGUUUUUAUCCUGUUCUUUAACAGUUCAUGCACAUGUAUCCUCAGGUCUCUCUCUCUUUUUGAACUAAAAUAAAGACCUGACGAUACAUGUGCAUGAACUGUUAAGAACAGGAUAAAAACAAAUUGAUUAAAAAGGCUUACACUAUCCAAGCCUUUAAAAUAGCCUCUCUUUAUUUUAAUCCAUUCAGUAUUUAUUGCCCAUCCCUAAAUACCCAGAGGGCAGUUGAGAAUUGACCACGUUGCUGUGGAUCUGGAUUCACAUGUAAAAAGGUGAAGUUGCCUUAGUCUUACCACACCAUAGGGCUGCUUAAGAGAGAGAGAGAACCUGAGUGUCACCAUGCCUCAGAUGAGGGGCACGUUGAGAAGGAGAUUCCUUCAGGGUAUUCUUGGCUGGCGUGAGAAUUUGUAAUGCAAAUGAGCUGACUGACCCCUGGGAUUCAUGUGUAGAAUGACAGAUUUCCUUCCCUGAAGACAUUAGUCAACUAGAUGCACUUGUAAGACAGUCAACAGUGGUUAUGUAGCCUCACUAAAGCUGCCUUUUAAUUCCAUAUUUUCAUGGAACUUUACAUUUAAUCAUUUAUCAAUGUGGGAUUUGAACACAUGUCCCCAGAACAGCCUGGAAUUCUGGAUGACCACUACAUCAUGUCUCCCCAGAAAGGAAUCAUUACCAAAAAGUUAUCACUUUAUUCUGCAUCAAACGUCACUUGUUAUGUCUAUUCCAACAACCUGUGUCCUCUUCCAAGACCACCACUGUCAUCCUCGCUGUUCACAAUCUUUCUGUGUUUUGUCUCAUCUAUAGAUUUUGAUAUUGUGCCCUAUACACUUAAGCCCACUUUAUUAACUGAGAUCAAGAUGAGCUGUGAUUGCAGUAUAAACCUUUGGGAAACUCAUUAUAUACUUCCUUCAGUCAAUAUAACCACUGCCUAUCACUACUAUUGCAACAUCUCAGGAGCUCCUGAGAUGCUGCUUGGCCUGCUGUGUUCAUCCAGCUCCACACUUUGUUAUCUUGGAUUCUCCAGCAUCUGCAGUUCCCAUUAUCUCUGACCCCUAUCACUACUAUUGAUCCCUUGUCUCUCAGCCAACUUUAUACCCAGUCUAUAAGUGGCACAGAUAAAAUGUUUGUUUGGUAUCUUUAGUGUAGGUAGGGAUGAGUUCAAUGUAGUAUUUCAGCAAGACUGUUUUCUUGGGAUCCAGACCCAGUCAGUUUCAUCAAUAUUCGAUUUGAUCUUUCUGGAUUCUUGCUGUGUAAAAAGCCACAUUGAGCCAACUCCCUCCAAAAGUAAUUCACUGUAAGCAGAGCAUUUUUGUGUAAUCGACAGACACUAAAAUUUUCUCUUGAUCUAUUCUCCCACAUAUUGAGUCCUGUGUUGCAACUGGAAUCCUGUUGUUGCUGAUUCCCUGAACAUUGUUUCUAAACACCACAAAUGAGAGUCUCCAAUCUCUAGCUUUCAUUAUCAUCUCUGGGACUGAAUGUACAGAGGCGACAGACACUAAAAAGGCAGUUGACCCCACAAGCCUGCCCUAAACUCCGGAUGGCUGGAGCGUCGUGACUCUCAAAACUCAGCCACUGCCAACUGGUUGAAAUAAACUUCAAUGAUAUUGUAUUAAUCUGUGGGCUUCCCACUGCAUGGACCAAUAAAGAGAAAAUUCUCAUCACAGUAAUAGUGUAAACUUUAAUCUGCAACAAAAGGAGCCUGUAUUGGGUUUAGACAGAUAAAUGUGAAUCUUGUCAAACUUCUUGGGAGUAUUCCACUAAAAGUGCAACUAAUUAUUCUUUAGGGUAAAGUUAUGUAAACAAAAAUGGUCCAAAGCUUGUUGGACUGACUAACUGCUCUUGCACCACAACCUAAUUGAAUUGAUCAUUUGAAGCCAUUCUCCUUAGCAUGUGCCUCGAAGGAAUGUUCCGUUAAAUUAAAACCAUGCAUUAGCCAGAAUGUAACUUUUCUGUUUCUAACAGGAUUUUCCCUUGAGCUUUUUUGUAUUAAUUUAUUUUUUAAAAUGAGCAUGUAAAUCUUAAUUGUGGCUGAUUUAAGUUGAACUUGCACUUUGAAGGAAUUAUGACUCUUAACUGUUUUUUAAAAAAUAAAUGCAACAAAUAAAAUCUUGUGUAAGGAAUGUACAAGAAUACCUUGACAAAUGUAAUUGUACAAUGAUCGCAGUUGGCGGAAUCGGGCUCCCUCAACUCUUAGAACAAAGCACUCAUUCCCAUACACCUCUGCAUGUUAUGUUUGUGACAUUAGAAUCAUCAAUGUGAAAAUGUGCUGAAUUGUCACAGAAGUACAGAAUUGUGGAAGUAAAGUUGGAAUGCAUAAUAAGUGAAAGAUAUUCUGUUAGUCAUUUAAUGCUCUAUAGCAAUAGUGACCGCCUCUCAUGUUCAAUAAAAGAAAUAACGUGAAUUCA